AAUCAGAAACGGUACGCGCCCUCCAAAGCUGCUUUAUUAGUCCAGCUCAUCAACACUGCAGCAUUUAAACUACAUUUAUCAGUUAAUUUAAUACAUUUGUAUCGAUGCUGUUAAUGCAGUCCGCCCGUCUCUCCUCAGACUAACCGCGGGUAGGUCCCACAGACAGGCUGCUAGCUUAAAGUGCUGUCAAACUGGGAAGUGACGCUGUGUGGAGGAAUCUGAAAAAAUAAAAAGUUUGCGGUGUUUCCAUAGUGAGUCGCUGCCGUUACAUUAGCUCACCGUCAACUGUAGCUGCAGCAGGACAUCGACAGGACAGGGACAUGAAGGCGUGCGUGACAUGGAGGGACAGAGUUUAAUGGUGUUGCCCAUGAAUGAAAAAACCACACAGACUUCUUCAGAUCUGCUCACCCCAGGCUGGCGACCUCUGAGGGGGUCACGAAGGACUUCAGAGGAGAAGAGGAGAUCAUCUUGCUUGACCUUUCUGCAGCUCAGGCUGAAGUCAGUGUAGUUUUGCAGCUUUAUUUCACUGAUUAUUGGAUUCCAGUGGAGCAUCGAUAGCUUGUCUGGUUGAGAAUACCCACCUGGCUCGGCUUAUUCAUGCCCGUCAUGAGUGUACCAGCCCAGCAAAAAGCCAGCGCCAAAAGAACAGGCAAACGCAUCACUUUUUUCAACGAACAAAGCAUAGCAAUGAAAGAGGGUUCUCAGCACCCUGAGGGGUCCUACUACGUCCCCGGUGGCAACGCCUCAGACCCCGGACAGAGCGAGGCUGCAAGUACCGUGACCUCCAAUCCGGAGGCCCCUCACAUGUACCUCAACUCUGUCAUCUUCAGCCCAGAUAAAGGUGACCAGAGCAGAGGUCACUAUCAGCAGACUGUGCCUAUGAAAUGGGCUCACCAGGAGCCCAGUCAGCAGCAGCCAUCUCUGUCCCAGCAGCAGAGAGCUGCCACGUGGAAUACCAUGGCUAACUGGGGACAAAACUUUGCUAAUUACAUUGGUGGAGUAACAGACUCAAGGACUCAGAAUGCAUUUGUGAAGAUGCAUGAGGCUGCAGGCUUACAGCCACAUCAGCAGCCCCCUAACAGAGGUGCAGACAAGCAGCCAAUGGGGCCUGCUGUGGAAGCGUACAGGGAUGCUGUUAAGGCUCGGGGGCUGGAUUGGGACCAGCAGCAGCAGUCCCAGUCCUUCCAGGAGACCUUGAAACCUGGGGCGUUGAACACCCAGCAGCACAGCACUUCCCACCCAGGAGGGAGCUCCGUCUUGCAGCCGUUCCAGUUGGCCUUUGGUCAGCCAAAGCAGCACCUGCCAGCGUACUACCAGGCCUUUCAAGGCAACAGAACAACCCUACCCAACCCGCCCAACUACUCGACACAAGCGAAACCCCCACACCAGUUGCAGCAGCUGCAGAAACAAGAGCAAAUACAACGGCAGCAGCAACAGCAACAUCACAUAAUCCAGCAGCAAAUUCAGCAGCAGCACCAUCAACAAAUGCAGCAGCAACAAAUCAUUCAGCAUCAACAGCACGUACAGCAACAGCUUCAGCAGCAGCAACAAAUACAGCACGAGCAGCAGCAACAAAAGAUACAGCAGCAGCAGCUCCAAAUUCAGCAGCAAAUGCAACAUCAGCAGUUGCAACAACAAAACCCUCAUGUGCUUGACUAUUACCCCGGUGCACAAAAUGCACACCCUCACCCACAUCCACAGCCUGUGGUGGUACACUCCCAGGAGUCCUCUGCUCCAGCUCCCCCAAAGAUCCAGGAACCAAUUAUCCAAGACAUCACCCCAGAACCCCAGCAGCCUUCAGAUCCGCUGCCACCCACUCUCCAGGCCGAGCCCCUGUCCCAGUCACAACCCCAGUCGCAAUCCCAGACACAGCUCCGCAGAUCACGACGGCUCUCGAAGGAAGGCGGGGCGCCGUCCGACAACCCGUUUCUCACCGUGUCUUCGGAGCAGGCUGCCCCGGGGCCGCAGGGCUCCCAGAACGGGGCCCGUGACAUCCAGGCAGCCCCGACAGGCGUCAUCCAGAGUACGCGGAGGAAACGCAGGGUGUCCCAGGAGGUCAACCUGGAGACUCUUGCUCAGAAGGCCUCGGAAAUGGAGUCUCUGCCAUCACAUGUUGUAAAGGAGCCCCACAGGCCAUGGAGUCCCACUGAUUCAGAGGGUCUAAAUGCUAAGCGGCAUCGAGACGACAGCCUCCUUCCACUCGUCAUCCCCGUGUCUGUCCCCGUGCGAAGGCAGGAGCCCUCCUCUCCCGACAGAGAUGAUGCCGCCCUGGCUUCCACCUGGCCCCCCAGGCCCUCAAACCCCCAGGACCUCGGCAGGGCCGACCACAAGCCCUCGGUCAUCGUCACCCGGAGACGCUCACUCAGGAACUCUUUGUCAGAGAGCUCAGAGCAAAAUGGAGGAACCGAAGGAGAGAAGGACGAUGACGGCAAAAAGUCUAAACGACGUCCCCGGCCCGAGCCUCUUUUCAUCCCGCCACCUAAACCUGGCUUAUUCAUUGCCCCUCCUGUCUACUCCAGCAUCACGCCCUACCAGAGCCACCUACGCUCCCCUGUUCGCCUCGCCGAAAACCCCCUCACCAUUCCCCCCUACACGCCUCCGCCAAUCCUCAGCCCCGUCCGCGAGGGCUCCGGCCUGUACUUCUCCACUUUCCUGUCCUCGGCUGCGGCCAGUGGCCAGGGCCUGCCGCCUCCUGCGACACCCAAGUCUGCAACACGCAGCCUGUUGCGCUCCAACAGCUGCGACAUCACACCUCCUGUUCUGUCUGCUAUGAGCGAGGCCACUCCAGUCAGCAUAGAGCCACGGAUAAAUAUUGGGUCGCGAUACCAGGCGGAGGUGCCAGAGCUGAGGCAGCGGUCAGCUGUCGAGCUGGAUCAUCAUCGAGCGGAGCUGGUCUGGGUUCCACUUAAUGAACUGGAGGAAAAGCCUGACUUUCAGCAGAAAGUGGAAGACCUCAUGCACCUGGCCUGCUCCAGUGUUUUGUGUGGAGGAGGCACCAACCAGGAGUUGGCCCACCAUUGUCUGUACGAGUGCAAAGGGGACAUAUUGGCUGCUCUGUCCCUGCUGAUGCUGAGGAAUCCAGUUUUCCCCAAAUCUCAUCAUCUGGCAAACUAUCACUACUCAGGAUCAGACAGCUGGUCCACAGCUGAGAGACGCCAGUUCAACAAAGGCAUCGCUGCGUAUAAGAAGGACUUCUUCAUGGUGCAGAAGCAGGUGACUACAAAGUCAGUGGCGCAGUGUGUGGAGUUUUACUACACCUACAAGAAACACGUCAAGAUCGGCCGCAACGGGACGCUGAUCUACGGCGAGACGGAACCUCUGGAGAACAAGACUGUUGAGGAGGAGACAGACCACAAGGGCUCUCACAGGUUAGAGCCACAGAGGGAGGAGGACAGUAGGAAGUGGGAAGGGUCAGCUGACAGGAAACCGGAUGUCGGCCCCACCAGGGUGACACACACGUUGCAGUCCUCUGAGAAUCCCGGGACCGUCCUGAUCAUGAAAGGCCAGGAGGACGUGGCGAGGGACCAGCCGCUGUCUCGAGUCAUCCACCCCCCUCACCCACCCCCUCCCAGCUCCAAAUCCCGCUACGACGGCAAUGCACGCCGGACCAGCCCUUCAACGGGCAACAAAGGCACAGCUGGUCAGGAGGGAGAGUUCCCCUGCAAGAAAUGCGGCAGGAUUUUCUACAAGGUGAAGAGCCGCAGCGCCCACAUGAAGAGCCACGCCGAGCAGGAGAAGAAGGCCGCAGCUCUGCGACAGAAGGAGGCCGAGGAACGGGCGGCAGCAAAAGCAGCCGCUGAGGCCGCCGCUGUUCUUGCUGCUCGGCAGCAGAACGGGACGCGGCAGGUAGGCGGGGACAGCACCAAUGACGACUCGUCGGACGGUGAGGACGAGGACGAUGAGGACUGGCAGUAAAAAAAAAAGGCCGCACACACUGACUGCAGCGCGCAGCGUGGCUUCACUCUCUGAGACGGGAGAUUCAAAAAUUCAACAAAAAAAGAAAGAAAGAGGAAUCCCUCCUGUGAACUUUGUGUACAUUUUGUGGAACAAAACUUCCGUUGCUUGGCACAUUCAGGGACAGAUUUACUCCCGUGUAUGUGUUUGUGAAUGUGUGGACUGAGUGUGUGUGUGUGUGUCGAUGAUGAGUGCGUAUGUGCUUUCCAGAGCUCACCACGCCCCCUUUACUCUGCUUGAAAAGCUUUUCAAGAGUUACCUCUCUUGGUCACAGGGCUCGAUCAAAUCAAAGCCAUGCCGCCUCUCUUGGCGCCCUCCUGCUCUCCACGCCAGGCCGCGGCCUUCCUCAGCACUUCGAGAUUCGCCUUGUUUCGUUCGACUGGGCGAGGAACUCGUUGGACCCUCUUUUUUUCUCCUGAUGAGCCGCAGCACGUGCUUGCUUCAGCUGCAUCCCAACUGGAUGAAGUUUUGGCGAUGUGGACACUGAAAUCUGACAGCUGGGAGAUUGCAGCAAACGAACGCAGGGUAGUGCUGUUCUGUUGGUUCCACCACUCUACGACGGACAGACUGAUGGAUGGCAUGUGCAAACUGUUGCCUUUGUUUUCGCCGCUCUUCUGCACUCAAGGCUGCCAAAAGCUUUCUCAGACGCAUGAUGUGCUCCAAGUGGGUUCCCUCUCUUUCUGUGAGCGUUGUUCAUUUGGGCUUUAGUUCUGUGAAUCCCCCCCUUCAGCCCUCGUCACUUUUUAUAGUUCCCAGUUCGUUCCUCACUGUCGAUGCCUUGGAUGUUUUGAUGCUUUUUAUCUUGAAAUGACAAUCAAUUUUACACUGUUGUUGUUUUUGUUUUUUAUAAAUAUAUAUAUACAGGUAAACGUUACUUUUUCUGCCUGUGUCGCUAUCUAUGGUUGUUGUUUCUGUGAAUAUUCUUGUUGAUGAUUAUUAAUAUUAUUAUUAUAUCUUGGUUUUGGCUGCAAUUUCCGUACUUGUCCAUAGCUUUCUUUUUCUUCCUUUUUUUUAUUUAAACAAAAACAAAAAUAAUGCUACUUGCUGCCUGUUUAUAACUGUGAGAUUUUUUUUUUUUUUUUUUUGGAAGCCAGAAAUGAAGAAAAGGCAGAAACGUAUGUGCAAUAGAACAAGUUGAAACCACCCCAACCCCCACCCCUUGUUACCAGAGCAUCCGAGCCCCUCCUCCCCUGUUAUGCUUACAACUGGCUGCUCUGGAUGCCUCGCUGUCAACCCUGUAACUGAUAGGAGGUACUGACUCAGACUGUUGAAACCCGCAGGUCUCCAUAGAUACACAUAACUAAGUGGGAAAGACAACAAACAGUACAAACAAACUGGAGACACAUUUUGGAAUCAGAUACCGAUGUUUACGACGUGUUUACUACCAAGAAAUUUUAGCCAAAGUGAAUAAUUUGCUGAUACAAACAAACAUCAAGUUUACUGUAAACCAAGCUUCACCCAGAUUAUUCAGGUUUUAACAGGAAGUUUUGAACAUCGACAUGAGACACAGAUAUCAAAAUCAAUAACAUAUCCCCUUCUUACUGAGACGUUUCAGCUAGAAGUUAUGUUUUACACUUUCCACAGACUUGUUUUUAAAUUAUUUUCAGUAAGUCAUUUACAGGUGCAUUAUUUACUGUAGACUUAACUAAACCCAGAUUAUUCAGGUUUAAACAGGAGAUUUUGAAUGCGGAUAUAAAAACUUUACAUUGUCCUCCCUCUUUAGAACCAGAUAACUGUAAAAUGUCAUUUAAUUAUUUACUGUCAUCAAAAAACAGGUGUUAGGAGAAGCAGAGGCAUACGUUACUGUAAACCAAAUUUAAUGCAGUUCUUGAGGGUUUAACUGGAGAUUUUGAAAGUUGACAUAAGACACAUUUUCCCUUUUUUUUCCAGAAUCAAAUAACACCUAUAACAUAUCCCCUUUACUCAGACAUUUCAGCUAGAGCUUUUGUUUUACACUCUCCACAGACUAGUUGAUUUUAACUUACUUUCUGUGAGUUAUUUACAAACAGGUAUAAAGAGAAUUAGGUGCAUUAUUUACUGUAAACUAAACUUAACCCAGAUUAAUUAGGUUUUAACGGGAGAUAAUUGAAUGCCGACAUAAGAACCACAUAUCACGGUUAAAUAUCGAAUUAUUAAUAUAUCAAAUUAUUUACUACCGUCAACUGCUGCCUUUCUUUUAUGAACCAGACAUCAUCCUUUCCAAUAUAUGCUGUCUCCAGACAUUUCUUUCUUUUUUUUUUUU